AUGGGGCUACUCCAGACGCGGCUCCAGCUUGUGGAGAGAUACUGGGCCAACUUCUGCGACAAUCACGUCCGCCUCCUGACCUCGACCGAGGACGACGCGGACGCCUACCGCGGCAGCAACCGCUACUUCGUCGCCGAAGACCUGUACUCCUCAAUCAAGGGGAACCCCAUCAACCUCCGGGAUCGUCUAAUCGCAUCGGAGAUCGGGUCACCGGGCCCCGCCUCGACCCCCUCAUCCAGCGCUGCCGGAGGCCUUGACAUUCACGACGGAGGAAACUUCGCCUUGGCCCGGCUUCCCCGCAUCACUCUACCUCGGUUCGGAGGCCUCGACGAAGAGUGGGAGUCAUUCAAGGACCUCUUUAUCGACAUCGUGCACUCCAACACCAGCCUGGGAGAUGCCACGAAGAUGUUGUUCCUCAAGACGAAUCUCGACGGUGCGGCGGCCGAGACAAUCAGGGACUUCAAGUCGUCAGGACACGACUACUCCACGGCCUGGGAGGCCCUCUGCAGCCGCUUCGAUCAGCCAAAGCUGCGCGUGCGAGACCACCUCGACGCCCUACUCCACCUCGCACCGCUCGCCAAGGAAUCGCCGGAGAAGAUCCAGGAGCUUUGCUGCACGAUGAGACGUCACCGCACCCAGCUGGAGAAGCUCGGCCAGCCAGUCGGCAGUUGGGACGACUGGUUCGUCCAUCUCGGCAGCCGAGCCAUGGACCCUGCCACCCGAAGAGUCUGGGAGGAGGAGAGAGAGGAGAAAACCAGCAAGCCGACCUUCGAACAGCUGGGGGAGUUCCUCCAGCGGCGGUUCAGGACGUUGCGGUCGCUGUACCCCCCGACCUCCACCCUCCCUCAAUCGGCCAGCGCAUCCGACGCAUCCCGCAAGGCUGACCAGAACCAGGGGCGCCAGCCGAGCGGCCGACAAGUGCGGGCCCACACCACUGGCCUCAAGCGGAGCGGAUGCCCGGCCUGCAAGGAGGCUCACUAUAUUGGCCACUGUCUGACCUUCCGCGGACUGACGCCUGAGGAAAGGAGGAAAUUCGUCUCGGACCGCGGCCUCUGCUUCAACUGCUUGAGUGGCUCGCACUCGGCCAGGACCUGCCCGUCAAACGGGACUUGCAGAAGCUGCUCCGGGGCCCACCACACUCUCAUCCACGAAGGAGCAGGCCGGCCGGUCAGACGUCCCGUCGACCGCGACGAGGGCGAGGAUCCCGCGCCAAAGGCCCCCCGCGUCCAGGCCGCCGUCACCCGAGCCUGUCCACAGGUCUCGGCGAGGGAAGAGGAACGGUUAUGA